AUGAAGUUUGCUUGCUGCAAUUUGACGACAGGUGUCGCUAGUGACUGCUUGUUGUGUACAAAGUGUGGUCAUAAUUAUCACUUUAGAUGCCUACACCCAACCGAUAAACGUAAAGAAUUAUCACUGGAAUUAAAAAAACACUGGAUUUGUCCUGAAUGCACAAUAAAUCAACCCAGAACUGCGAGAAACGACAGUACACCAGUGCGAGUGCAGACCAAUGAAAGUAAUGUAAACUCGCGUAGAGGUGCUGCUUCUGGUAUAUAUGAGGAUUUUGUUUUGGAUUCUGCUGAUAAAACAUCUUUUAUUGUAUUGAUUAGAUCUAUAAUCUCAGAAGAAUUAGCCAGUUUAAAAGGUGAUUUUAAAACUUCUAUGUAUCCCAUUCAAGAAGAGUUAAAAACAUUUAAAAAAGAAUUUGAAAUAAUAAAAGUAAGUUUGGAUUUUAUAAAUUCAAAAUUUGAUGAAAUUAAUAAACGAAUUGAAUGCUGUGAAGGUGAAAUGAAUGUUUUAACUCAAAAAUGUAUGGAAAUCGGUAAGCUGUGCAGUUCUGUGGAAGAAAUUGAAUUUAAUAAUAAUAACCGAGAACAGUGGGCCCGAAAAUCUAAUGUUGAGGUUUAUGGAAUUCCAGAAAGAAAAAAUGAGAACCUGAUCUCGUUGUUACAAACAGUUUUUGAUAAAACACACUUACAAUUUAAUAUAAACACGGAUAUUGACUUCAUCACCAGAGUCGCUUCUAAAAAAAACGAUGUGAAGAAAUCUAAACUGAUUAUCGUGCGUUUUAUAUGUAGAUGGAAAAAGGAUGAAUUUUUGUCUGCGGUUAGGAAACUAAAACUGAAAUGUUGUGAUAUAGGCUUCAAUGGUAACAAUAAUUCAAUAUUUUUUAAUGACCACCUCACUAGUCUAAAUAAAGCCUUAUUGCAAUCUGUUAAGAAAGCGGCAAAAGAUAAAGGUUAUGAGUUCGUGUGGGUCAAAAACUGCAGCAUUAUGGCCCGGCGUUCUAACACGAGUCCGGUUUUGCAUUUCGUGAAGUCUAGUGAUUUAAAAAAAAUUGUAUAA